AGAAGGGAAACGCUUGCUCUGUUUCCUACACAGAACAAGUGUGUAGGAAACACACUUUGCUCUGUGUAGGAAAAGCAUAAUCAAAGAGCUUGACGAUUCACAGUUUAUUUAAACCUGACCAGUUCUAUACUUGUUUAAAAAAUUUGUAGAUUAAAUGCCUGUUGUUAAAGUGCUUGCAGAACUAGCAAACUUAUUAUAGGGUUUACUAGAAUGCAAGAGGAAAUCAGCAGGCUUUGUGUUUAGAGGCAUCACACUUUGCAAUAACUAACUGUCCUAAAGAUAGGCCUUUAUGACCACUGAAACAUUCUUUAAUUAGACCAGAGGUAAGAACAGGAUGUCAAAAGUCUCUUUGGCAGAGAAGGUACUUCUGAAGUAUUAGUCUUUAUGGUUAGGUCUUUUGUAAUGUGGAGACAACCCAGCAACCUUCAUUUGUUGCUAAUCUGCUAAUAAGAAACAAAGAUGAGUUUAACCGAAGGUCCCAUUAAAGACGACGUGAUGACGUGGGAGCCAAAAAAGUUAGCAGACUACAUGAGGCAGCUCAAGUUAUUCGGCUGUGACAAUGUAGUGUUGAAGAGGGGCAUUACUGGAGCACAAUUUCUGCAUAUGAUCCAGCAUGAUCUUCAUGUGUUCCCAAUCACCUACGUUCCAAUACUGGCAAAAGUUCAAAGAGAUCUCAAUAGGCAAGAAAGGAGGAAGUAUUUUGGUUCCAAAUCUAAGAAAAGCAAUCAUUUGACAGAAGUGCGUGGUGAAAAAGUCUGUGAUGAGCUCGACAGUGAAAGUGACUAUGAGGAGUUUAACGAGGACGCAGGAGAUGGAAACUACGUCGUUCCUCUUAUUAAGCCACUCACAGCAGAUAAUCUGCAUAAUGCCAAAGAAAGAGAAGCUCACAGGCUUCAUCCAGUCUUUUCACUGCCUGAACCCCAGAGGGUGUCUAAAGUUCCCUGCCUUCCCACAGCUCACUCAUCUAAUUUUCAACGGGCCGCAAAUAAGAAGCCGGAAAAACCUCCGGUUCCCCAGAGAGCCGUUUCACGCUUAGCAGAGGGCAGUGUUGCUUUGGAUGCUGGCUCACUUUCCAGGAGGCGACCACUACCAACAGUCCCGAAGCUCCAUGUGUCUAACAGGACAAAUAAUAUAACUCCACAUGUUCCUGUACCAAUAUCAGACGUUCUGUCAAACCAAUCAAUAAGAACAGGACAUGUCAAUAACCAACAUGUACAGGGUUUGGAUCCCAGCUGGUACAAGGGAAAGAUAACUCGAGAACAGGCUGAAGUUUCUCUCAGGGAGGUGAACAAGGAUGGAGCAUUCUUAGUGAGGGACAGCUCACAAGGCUCAGCACAUCCCUACACUCUGAUGCUGCUAAAUCAAGGAAAGAUUUUCAACAUUAAGAUCCAGAGACAAAAUGACUUCCAUUUUCUCGGAAAUGGCACAAACAACUCUAAGAGUUUCCUCAGGGUGAAGGAGAUGAUUAUCCAUCACAUGAACACCCCGCUACUGCUCAGAGAUGCCACAGACCAGUGCUCUCAGGAGCAGCCGCAGUGCUGUCUGCUGUACCCUGCGGGACUCUGACCACGCCAGCAGCAGGCUUAAUAUUACCUCUGCUCCUCACGCCUCAGGUUAGGCUCAAAGUCCGGUCUGCUGCUGCUUCACCGCCUCUGGGAUUUUCUUUGGAGAAAUGCCUCUUUGUCAGGGUGGCUAACAGAGAUGAGCAGAUCGCAUUGCUUCAGAUGGGUUCGCACUGCAGAGAGAAACCCAGUAUCAUUUGUCACUGUAGCCUCGGGUCAAUGGCAACUGCUAUUGCAGCUAAAACAAUCCGCGUAGGGAAAAAUGUAAUUGUAUACACAGUGUAUCUUUUUAUUCCCUCCUUCAAUUACAAACUGCAUCAGUCUGUCAUGUCUGCAUGACUCAGAUUUGCUGGACUUCAUUUGCUCGCUGACAUCUUUCUGAUCACUUGUUGUUACUUCCUUGUCAGUGUGACUUACAGUGGAUGAUGCUUUUGUAUACAGAUGAGUACAAACAAAUGAGCUUGCGCAGAAAAAGCAACACAUGCACAUAUAACCAUGUCUAAGAAGGUCUAAGGAAUUUAAGAUUUGACUUGACAAAAAAAAAGUUUUAAAAGUAUAGUGUCAUGCUAAACCAUUUACUCACCCUGCAUUUUUUAUUGACCUUUUGUCGCAGCCUUACCAGUAACUAUGGAACUUUAUGUGAUAGAUCAACACAAGGUAGCACAUCUAUAUUCUGUUAAAUAAAAUUUUGCAUAGCUAAUCUGCAGAGUUACACAACUCAAGUGGAAAAAUCUGCUAACAGAUGUCGCAAUUAUUUGUCUUAAGUUUUAUUUAAGAGUGGGGAUAAGAAAGUCAUUGCUGAAAGAAAGACAUAAGACUUAGAGUUGGACACAAGCCAAGCAGAGAACACAGAAAAACAUGUGAAAGAUGGUGUUCUGGUUGGAUGGACUUCUGACCUAUAUGCAAAACCUUGUGUGGCAAAAAACUGCACAGUGCACAUAGUUAUAAACACACCUUUCCCACUAGGAAACAUGGUACUGGCAGCAAGGAUAGGGAAACUGAUCAUACUUGAUGGAAAGAUGGAUGGACCUUAAUAAAAAGCAGUUAUGGAAGAAACCAUAUUAGAGACUGAAAAACAAUUUGGUUUACUUUCCACGCUGGCUCAAAAUAUAAAGCCAGAGGGUCCAGAUCAAAGCAUUUCCAUCCAUCUGUUAGUACAUCUUAGCUGAGAUCCAGACCUGAAACUAGAUUUUUUAAAAAUCUGUGGGAAAGCCUAAAACUUGCUGCUAACAGAUGCUCUCCAUCCAAUACAAAGAAGAAGAAUUAGAUAUGUCAGCCUCGGUAUGUGCAACGCUGGUAAUAACACUCACUGAAAACCUGCUGCCGUGAUUUCAGCAGGAUGGAAUUCUACAAAGUAUUCACCCAGGGAGGCUGAAUACAAAUGCACAGCACUAUUAUUAAUCAUAAAAAAAUAAAUGCAAUAGGUUUAAUGUGGUGUAAGGUGACAAAAUGUAGAACAGCACAAGAGUUAUUAGAACUUCUGCAGGGCAAUGUAUAUGACAAAAUAAUUAAUUAGCAAGUAUUAGAAAAUCCAAAAACAAUUAUUUGUCAUAAAGAGACAAAACCAAACACACCAUCACAAGUCCAAGCAUCCAAGCAUAGUUAGAAAAUUCCACUUUGAGUCUGUGACGCUUAAAGGAGCUGAUGGCUAUAAGUGAGCGUGAUAAAAAAAGAGCAUGCUGCUGUGACUGCCAACUUAACCACAACCAUCACCUGAGGCAGAAUUUAAGCAACAACGUCAGAGCGACUGACAAGACAGCCAUCUGCGUGAAAAUCCUUCAGUUACCCCUAUCUACACAUCAACAACUCAUGUUCUGACAGACAGUGCUGUCAAAUUAAUGCCAAUUUGGACUGCCGACAUCUACAUCUACAAGAAAAUCUAAAAACCGCUGUAUUAUUCCAAGUGUAUCACAUUCUCAGACGUGGAAGAGCAGAUGUCUUUAGACUUUUUGGGGAAAAUGUAAACUGAGGGGAUAAAAAGUUAAAACAUACAUGCCAAUUGAUCCAUGUUGUUGGACAGCAAGUCUAAACCUCUCAGGAUGUUUUCCAGAGCAGUGCUGACAGGGGUAGUAGCUUGUUCUUCUUCCUUCUCUGCUUUUUCCAUCUGAAAAAUGCUACAAGAGAACAUUUGAUGCAAACUAAGUGCACACACCAGUCUGGCAUAAGAGAACAACCACUGCCAAUGUUAAAAGUAAUGUUACUGUGCUGCGAUUGUUGUACAAAUGUAAAAAAAAAAAAAAAAAACUCUGACCAAAUUGAAACUUAAUUGUACAUGUAUUAUAAGUAUCAGAAUAUACAUUUUGAUUUAAUUUUGUAAAAAAAAAAAAAAAAUUCAA